AUGGCACUCAGCGUCACACUCCCCAAGUCGGUGCUGAAAUACAUAGUUGUGAACUACGCAGUUAGAGUGACCCCACCAAAGGUGACAUCCCAUUUCAGCACAGCGAAAAUUCCAGAGAGCUUAAAAGCUUUGUAUGAGAAGAAAGUCGAACAAAUGGAAUUGCGAAAGAAAAAGUUGGAAAUGAAAAAAAAAAAAAUGGAUAAGGUUCAAAUUUCGAAGGAACGAAAAAAUAAAUUCAAGUCUUCCAAAGGGCAACACAACGUAUUUUAG